AUGCGCGAGGAGGCGUUGCUGUACCUUCCAUGCUGCAUGGAUCUGCAGACCGUCCAGACUCUGUUCCAUUUCCGAGGAGUGGAACUAUGGGAUGGCAUUACAGUAAAAACUACAGCAAUGUGCUUCCGAUUUUAG